GAAGAAUUCGUUGCCUGCGCCAGCCAACCUAACUCCAAGGGCGCUUUACGCCAGCCGGUUACCGAACGGCGCGACUGCCCUGCACAUGGCCGCGGCUAAUGGCGAAAUCGAAAUUGUCAAACAUCUCUUGCCGGCGUUGACCGUCGGCGACGUCAAUGCAGUGAACGACGACGGGUCGACCGCACUCCAUUGGGCCGCGCUUAACGGCAAAGUGGACGUUGUCAAGAUUCUUCUGGACGCCGGCGCCGACGCCACUUUGCAGAACGAGUCGGGAAGGAGUGCGGUGACCGUUGCAGAACAACAAGGGCAUAUGGACGCUGUUAACAUUUUGCUGAAGUCAUUCGAGCCCGAGGAGGAAAACGAGGAGGCGGGAUCUAGCGCCAAUGCGGAGGAAACGGAGGGAGCCAGUACCGAUGCCGGGCGGUAACAUAGCUCACAAUAGAUUCCACCGAGUAGAACCGGUUUUGCACAUAGCACUUCACAUCAUAUUGUUUAUAUAAUACAUUCUUUCGUAGAGGGCCGGUACAACACUCAGAAAGCAAUUGGUAGCAAUUCUCACAUGAACCUAGCAUGGC